GUGCUGUAGGUGUGAUGAGGUGCUCGGCAGGCAAGUUCUCGACAUUCAGCUGCUAAUGUCACAUUGCUGUUUGGCGCAGCAUCUCGGGAUAGAUGCUGCACAUGAUACUUAAGGCUUGGUGGCCUGGCUAAUCACAUCCUCCCUUCAGCCGCCUAUGGCGUGUGCUGCGAACAUCGUCGCAAUGAGGACCGUAUCUGAAGACUCCAAUGACGGCACAUCGCAGCCGGCAAAGCGCCUGGCAUGUGAGCGGUGCCGUAGCCAGAAGCUACGCUGCAUUCGCCGUGGCUUGGGCGACUCGGCCUGCGCGAGAUGCACCCAGGCACAAGCUGGGUGCGUAGUCCGACGGCGCAAAGCCCCUGGGCGCCCAGCUGGAUACAAGGACAAUGCGAGCACGCCGCAGCAGACAGCUGUCGAGAGUCCAGGUAUGGUGCUGGCUGUGCAGCAUGAUGGCUUUCAUAGCUCCAGCGACUUGUCGUUCUUUGGUGGCAGUCCGCUCGACCUAAUCCUCGACCCUGCCAGCAUUGCCAACAGUGACCAGAUCAACGACUUCAGCGCCAUCGGGCUCCCCAGUGACUACACCACCACUUCCGCUCUCACAGAUUCAUUUUUCGCCGACUCUUCGGCAACAACCAAUUCUUCUCCCAGCUGGCCCUCGAUAACCGCAACGCUGGCCAAGUCGCAGUUACCGCCGGCUCGAUCAUCACCCAGUGAGCGCAGAACGUCCUCUUCCUGCGAGCCAGGUCUGCAGCUGUCCAAGCUUCAUCAAAACCUGACGAGCCACCUGGCGCAGUUACGCUCGACACCCUGGGACAUACUCGCCACCUUGCGCCUCGAAUGUAGCCCAUGUCUCUCGUGCCACCAGCCUACGACAGAUUCUUUCCUCGGGUCCGCCUUCGAUCCUCUUGCAAGCACGUUCCAACUCAUGUCCGAGUUCGAGCAUCACAUCACCACCGAUAGCGCCGCCGCUGCCGCCGCGGGCCACUACGGGCCGCAGAUGACGCUUUCGUAUGCGCUGAUUGCGGUUUCGUGCUACAUCCAGCUGGUGCUCAUCUACGACCAUGUCCUGUCCCACCUGGCCGAGCAGUGCGCCGACAACCGCAUCGUGCGCGACUUCAUCCUGCAGUCCGCGGCCCCGCUGUCGCUGAGCGGCCAGGCGCUGCCGCCGAGCAGGAAUCUCCUGGGACGGUCCCUGGUGCGCCUGCUCGAGAGCAGGAUCGGGAGCAUCGAGGCCGUGCUCGGGCUGCCGGACGAGUUUCGCGUGUCGAGGGCCGACGAGAGAGGAAGCUGGAGUACUAUGAUCAGUGAUUCCACUUUGGGCGAAGACGUGGGCGGUGACGCAAGCGUGGACGACGGGAGAGAGCGUAAGGGCCUCGUAGGGAAGUCACUGCUUGGUGUGCUUCAGGCGUCCUUGCUCACGAGUGAGUCUGGUGCAGGGGGUCCGGCCAUUGUGGAAAACCUCAGAACGCGAAUGACGUAUCUGGAAAAGCUGGCUUGAUGCCUGUCCUGGGUUGUAAGAAUGAAAAAGGUGCAUUUUGGUG